GUCUUCUUCAUCAUCUGAUAAUAGUCUUCAUCAUCUGGUCCUCAUGACACAGUUUCUAAUCAGAUGAGCUCAAAGUCUUUGUUUUGAUUUCCAGACUUCCAAAGAGGAAGAAGAUGAGAACAACCCUCCUCCUCUUCCUCCUCCUCUUCCUCCUUUCCUUCAGCUGGACUUCAGCUCUCUUCACGCUGGUCUGAUGAACGCCGACUCCAACGGGACGAUGACGAUCACUGAGAACGGCCUCAUUAUUCCUCUGAAAGGUGUUGAGGACGGUGAGGUUGCCGUGGUGGCGUCUCAGGUUCGGGGUUACGGUGUCUGGGACGGGGGCGUGGCUCAGGGAGGGUUCCUAUUGGCUGGUUGGGAAGGUCCCGCCCCCUCGUUGCUCUUUCUCUGGGUGACUGAUGCUCAGGCCAACCUACUGCAGAAGGAGCUGUCCACCAUCCAGAUGUCCACCACAUCAGGUCCGGCAUGCUCCUUCCUCCUGCUGGUGCUGAAGGAGCAGCUGCUGGAGCUCCAGGCCGCCCUGCUGGCCUCCAUCCUGGACAUGGAGGACUACAGGAAGGGCUCCUCUUCCUCUUCCGGGCCGACCUCCCCUCUCGAGUGGACCGACGGGCUGCUGCUCCUCCACAGUUGUCCUCCUCCUCUGGACCAGCACCUCCUCGGACUGCUGGGUCACUCUGCUGUCAGAAACAACCAGAAGAAUAAGAAGUCAAACCUGAACUCUUCAGGUCUGCAUCAGCUUCCCACCAGGUUGAUCCAGUAUCCGGCGGCGCCCUCUAAAGGCCGGAUCACGGUGACGAAGGAGGACCUGGCCUGUCUGAGUGGGGGCGAGUUCCUCAACGACGUCAUCAUCGACUUCUACCUCAAGUUCCUCCUCCUGGAGGGAGUCGGCGGCUCGGUGGUCGAGCGGAGUCACGUCUUCAGCAGCUUCUUCUACAAACAGCUGAGCCGCCGGAGAGCCGCCGGAGUCGACGACGCCCCCUCUGUCCCCGAUCGUCACAUGAGACAUCAGAGGGUGAAGACGUGGACUCGCAACGUUGACAUUUUCACCAAAGACUUCCUGUUUGUGCCUGUCAAUCAAGAAGCUCACUGGUACCUGGUGGUGGUUUGCUUCCCCGGUCUGGAGGAGGUUCAGCACCAAGAGUUUCAGAGUUCAACAGGUGGAUCAAAGCAGCCUGCAGGUAAACCUUCAUCCUUCAGUCUGAGGUCACAGCAGCCUCCGGAGUGCACUCUGCAGAGCUGGCAGAGGGAGACGGUGUUAAAGAGACCGUGUGUCCUCGUCAUGGACUCCCUGAAGCUCUCGUACCACGAGAAUGUCUGCCGGCUCCUCAGAGACUACUUGCAGGUGGAGUGGGAGGUCCGGAGGGGGACACCUCGUCUCUUCACGGCGGACAGCAUGAGGAGCUCCAGCUGCAGAGUCCCUCAGCAGGACAACAGCAGCGACUGUGGACUCUACCUGCUGCAGUACGUCGAGAGCUUCCUGCAGAACCCCGUGGUCCACUUCGACCUCCCGUUGCGGUUGGACAACUGGUUUCCGCGUGAACGUGUCCGACAGAAGCGCGAAGAGAUCCGAUCUCUGAUCAUGACGAUGCACCGGAGUCAGAACGGAGAGACCUGAAAACCAAAAAAUAAACUUUUCAUCUGUGCAAUAAAUAAUUUAUAUUUUCUACGUCGUUAAAAUGUUUUUACUUUAAAGAAUUUAAAAUAUUAUAGUCUAGCUUUUGUUUUGUGUGCAUGUAAAUAACUUUAUACUGCAAAUAAACUUGAUAAUUCUUUUUGAUAAAGUUUUUUCAUAGUGAGGUUCUUAUUUUGAAACUUCAAACAGGAUGUCAAUUUGCGAUUUUAAUUUCUUACAGUAAAUAUUUAUUAUUAAUUAUGUUUAAUAAACAGCAAACAAAGUGAAUUAAAUGUAAAUAACUUUUUACUCCUUAUGAUCCUUGAUUAUUCUAAUUAUCAGCAAAGAGGGCUCUUAUUUUGAAACUUCAAACAGGAUUUUAAUCUGGAUCUGGAUUUUUAACCUUGCAGUAAAAGGGAAUGUAAAUAACUACCUCAACGAUCAUAAUUCUGUCUUCCUGUUUCAUAAAAUAAACCAUAUGUAUUCACUCAGAGGAAUGUGACUCUUAAUUUGAAACUAUUUUAAAGUGGGAAUUGGCUGUCAUAUAUUCACAUUGAAUGAAAUCUGGAUGUAAUGAUGUAUUACUACAAGUACUAGUAGUAAUACUGUGAUGUCACUGAGUUACUAUCAGUCUGAUUGUUUCUCUUCUUACUAUAAACUACACUCCUGUGGUGUGUGUGCGUGUCUAUAACUGUGUAUGUUUAAUUCCCCCCCCCCCCCUGCUGAGGACCAAUCAGUUUACAGCUCGUUAACUGGAUCAGACUGGGUUGACUACGAGGCUGAAGGGGGUUUACAGACAAAACAUCAGAUAACUUGUGUCAACAUGUUAUUAGAAUCAUUCUCUGAUCCUGGUCUGGCCCCGCUCUGGUCCUGUACUGGCACUGGUCCGGCCCCAUGUUGGCUCCAUUCUAGCCCUGGUCUGGCACCGUUCUGGCCCUUCACUGGCCCCGUUCUGGUCCCGGUCUGGCCCCUCUUUUGCCCCAUUCUGGCCCCUCUCUGGUCCUGGUCUGGCCCCUCUCUGGUCCCGUUCUGGGCCCUCUCUUGACCAAUUCUGGUCCCUCUCUGGUCCCGGUCUGGUCCCUCUCUUGCCUCGUUCUGGCCCCUCGCUGGCCACGGUCUGGCUCUGGUCCUGGUCUGGCACCAGGUAGUGAUUGUUCAUGUUUUGCCCUGGUGGCCGUAGGGAAGGUUAAUCUGAGCGACGGGGGGGUCCAGAUUAGACCGGUUUAGUUCUCCAUGAAUCCUCCAUCCUGCUUCCCAAAAAUAAUCUGAGCCCUGCAGACUGAAAACUGAUCCAGACUCUCUGCUGGACUCCGAGUCCUGAAUAAAACCUUGUUUGUCUGGAAGAAUUUCAACAGUUUAGUGUAGAAAUACAUUAAAACGAUAAUAAUCCCAGUAUUUAAUUCAAAUUUUAGUCGACUGGAGAACAAACGUUUAUCUACGUUUCCGUUGAUCUCCACUUAAUCCCAUUAACCGAUAAAAGAUGACAGCCAUUGUUGACUGUGAGUCUGGACCAGGGCCAGGUCUAUUUGUAGAGUUCAGUUUGAGACCUUUCAUGUUUUCGUCAGUUUAUUAUUGAUAAUAUUAAUAGAUGCUGAUGACAUGUUGUCUUACAUAACUACUAAUUGAAGGAAACAAGUGGGGGGGCAUCCAGCUCCAUCGUGACCUAUGACCUCGUUAAUGCUGAGCGUGACCUUGUAGGGUGUUCAGGUAAUCCAGAUCAGUCUGCCGUAACGACCACCUGGCCGACGGAGACUGUUUUAUAUUAUUACAACUGUGUUUUACUGUGCUGUCACUUGUUUAUAUUACAGUUAAAUACAUUAAUACACACUUAUUAAUCACACCAUAUAAAGCUCAUAUUACAUGUUUAUUUAGCAGCAUAGUAAUUUAAAGAGUAAAUCUGGACACAAUUGCAUCACUUUCACAGGUGAAUCAUGGGUAAUAACCUUUGUAUUAACUUCAUUAUCUUUAAACUAAACUGUUGUAUGUUUGUUUGAUUGUCUUAAAGCAACAGUGACACUGAACUGAGACUGAUCAUCUGGUCAUCCAGUCCAGCAGAUAGUCAUUCAGUCCAGCAGAUUAACAAAUCGGAUUACAGGAAAGAGAAAAAAAAGUCCCAUCUGCUCAGAGAGCAAACCAGCAGCUCGGAGACGCCGGACCCGUCCUCCAGUCUCCCGUCUCAUUGGACCCGUCUUAUUGGACGACUGAGAGACGGAGCUGAUGAGCUGAAGACGAGGACAGACCAAGAAGAAGUUCUUCUGAGAAAUGGCAGGACGGUUUGGGAGGUUGAUGCUGUGGACGCUGGGAGCUGUGCUGCUGUCGGGACACGUCUACACAGAGACAGAUGCAGACUCGGAGGGACCUGGUUCACAUCUGGUGGUUCAGUCGCUAGUUUCCGAUCAGCUUCUUUACCGACGACACGCCGCUUUAACUCGGAGAAAAAGGAACAUCUUGUUUCCCAGCGGAGUCAAACUUUGUACUCGGGAGACUUUCGACCAGGCCGUCAACAACCACCUGAAGUACUUUCAUCUCAGAGUGUGUCAGGAGACUGUGUGGGAGGCCUUUAAGAUCUUCUGGGACCGGCUCCCGGAGCGGGAAGAGUACCAGCACUGGGUCCGUCGUUGCAUAGACGAGUCCGUCAGCGUCAAGGACAUCGGCAGCUUCUUCAGCCAAUCAGAGGAACACGGCAGCCUCAUCAGGAGUGUGAGCGUGUGAGCGUGUGUGUGUGUGUGUGUGU